AAUGAUGCUGGCAUGCCGCCAGAGAUGCUGAUAUAUUGAUUCACUUCAGCUUUCUAUUCUCUUUUCAUUCCUCUCUCUCUCUCCUCUCCUCUCUCUCUCUCUCUAAAUGCUAAAGGCAAACUCAGAGCCGAUAGAGGGCAUCUGUGCAAUCCUGAAUCCGCUUUUAAGCUUUGAUUUAGGUAUACUUAAGGAGGAGGAUUGGAAAUGGAUCUGAAGGAGAAGCUAUCUGUGGACACAUGGACGAAAUCUUCUUCUUCUUGCCAUGAGUUACCGAAGAAAGUCCCUCCCGACCACCAAUCUUUCACCAAUUUCAAUCUGCAGCAAUAUCAGCAGAAGUGGGAAGAUCCUUCAAAUCAGGAUUAUGAUAUGACUAUUGAAUCUCAAUUCCCGGAAUUCAACCAAACUUCUGAAGCCCCAUCUUCAGUUACUUGCAAUCCCAAUAAUCAAACUGAGAUCCCAGAUCAGCAGGACGUUCAGAUGAAUGAAAUGUGUGAUUCUAGUAGAAUCCAAGAUUGGGAUCCACGAGCGAUGCUAAACAACCUCUCAUUCCUCGAACAAAAGAUCCAUCAACUCCAGGAUUUGGUGCAUCUGGUUGUUAGCCGGAGAGGCCAAGUUGUGACUCGCUCUGAUGAACUUGUGUCUCAGCAACAACAGCUUAUCACUGCCGAUCUCACUUCGAUUAUUGUUCAACUAAUUUCCACUGCAGGUAGUCUUCUCCCAUCUGUGAAGCAAACCCUCUACACAAAUCCUUCGAUCACCCAGUUUGGGCAGCUUGGUGGAGUCGUAUUUCCUUCUGGGCCAAAUUUAAAUGGCAGUGCUGUGCAACAAAAUAUUGGUGGAAGAAAAGUUUCUGAUCAGUCCAACCAUGUUGAUCUAACUGGUAGUUGCAAGAUUGAACAAAACUGCAUCGAAGAUCACGAGUCAAAAGACGAAGAAGAUGCUGAUGAAGGGGAAAACCUUCCCCCUGGUUCCUAUGAAAUCUUGCAACUAGAGAAAGAAGAAAUUCUUGCACCUCAUACCCAUUUCUGUAUGAUAUGUGGGAAGGGAUUCAAGAGAGAUGCUAAUUUAAGGAUGCACAUGAGAGGGCACGGGGAUGAGUACAAAACUCCGGCAGCACUUGCAAAACCCCAUAAGGAAUCUAGCUCCGAGCCAAUGCUUAUCAAGAGGUAUUCCUGCCCAUAUGCUGGUUGCAAGCGAAACAAAGAUCAUAAAAAGUUUCAGCCUCUGAAGACUAUUUUGUGUGUGAAAAACCAUUACAAGAGGACCCAUUGUGACAAAAGUUAUACUUGCAGUAGGUGCAAUACCAAGAAAUUCUCAGUUAUUGCAGAUCUUAAAACACACGAGAAGCAUUGUGGUAGGGAUAAGUGGCUUUGUUCAUGUGGAACAACUUUCUCAAGAAAAGACAAGCUUUUUGGACAUAUCGCUCUUUUCCAGGGCCACACUCCUGCCAUUUCCCUUGACGAAACUAAAGCAUCAGCAUCUGGGCCAUCUGAUCUAGGGGAAGAUAAUGAAGCAACAAAUAAAGUUGAAUUUACAGGACUCAACUUUGGUUCAAACGUUCUUAAUGGAUUUGGAGGUCAGAAUGUUUUGGAUAUUAAAGGUAGUGUUGAUGACCCUGCUAGUUUUUUCUCACCAUUGAGCUUUGACCCAUGUAAUCUUAGUGGACUCCAUGAGUUCCCCCGACCUCCAUUCGAAGAUUCAGAAUCUUCAUUUUCAUUUCUUAUGUCUGGAUUGUGUAAUUAUCCUCGGAAGACGGGUGGGGAUUCGGGUUCUAAUGAUCUUGAAUGAUGUGGAAAUGUAGUUGAUUUUGGGCUUGUAGCAGGGGUCCAUUGUUUCUUACUGGCAUAGGCAUUUGUAUGGUAAAGUGACUCCAUGUACCUGUAAGUUUCUUGAACUUUAAUAAUAAUAACAGUUCUUUCUUUUAUUUA